AAAUUGCCCCUAAUACAAAUGUUUUUCCUAGUAUUCUAGCAUUUUCCAAACCGCAAUAUAAAACAAAACUUGUAAGAAUAGUUAUUAUUAUCUGAAGUUGUGAUUUCAAUUUCUGAUACUGUGAAGAGUGAAAAAAUGCCGCAAGACUUGGCAUUGGAUUUGGAGGAGCUUCGCCACCUCCACAGCAUCGUCAAAAGACCUCGAACUCUCUCUCUACUCUCCUCCGAAAUUCGCAUCCUCGAAAAGUUAUCGUCAUCAGAGGAGCCUUCUGCGCAGGCUUCGCAGAUUCCGGCGCCGAUUACGACCGGAACUAAGGUGGCGCCUUCAGUUGCACUGAAUUAUGCCGCACUCGCUUCGUUCAGUUGGGAUCAGGAUAGCGACAAAGUUAAGAUAUAUGUGUUAAUGGAGGGAAUUGAUGAAGACAAGGUUGAAUCUGAGUUUAAGUCAAUGUCAUUUGAUGUUAAGUUCCAUGAUGUUCAAGGGAAGAACUACCGAUGUGCAAUAUCAAAAUUGCAUAAGGAGAUAGUACCAGAGAAAUGUAAGGUUGUGGUCAAGCCUAAAAGGGCAAUCAUCACGUUGGUGAAGGCUUCCAAAGGAAACUGGCUAGAUUUGCACUUCAAAGAAGACAAGCUAAAGCCAAAUCUGGAUAAGGAGAAAGACCCAAUGGCAGGAAUCAUGGACAUGAUGAGGAACAUGUAUGAGGAUGGGGACGAAGAGAUGAAGAAAACCAUUGCAAAAGCAUGGACUGAUGCUAGAUCUGGGAAAACAGCUGACCCUUUAAGUAGCUACCGUUGAGCUACCAGAAGAGGUUCAGUGCUUAGUUUCUUUUUCUAGGGAAAAGAUUUGCUCUAUUUAAUUACAUUAUCUUGUUAUAAAAUGAAUGCUUGGCCCGUGUUCAUGGAACUUGUGGAAUAUUAGAUGUGCUGUUAUUGUUACAAAAGUUAUACUUUGAUAUAAUGACGAGAUUUUUGUCUGUGGUUGCUCGAAUA